AUGGCGUUUUUAGCACUGUGGAUUGGAAAAGCUGCUUCCGCUGUUGUUGUUUUUAUUUUACAAUUAAUCAACAGAACCAUGCUUGGUGGAGGGUAUUGGAAUAUGAUAGCUCCUCCUACCAGCGAGAUCUAUUGGUCAAAGAUUGUUCUUUGA